AAUUAUGUUAAAGGUACAAAAACGUUAAAGAAAGACGGAAGGUAAGUGGGUUGAAAGAGUGCUUACCCGAUCAUGUAUACCGCGAUGUGAAGAGUAGGUCAACAGUCAUGGAAACGCUUUUUAAAUCAAAUUCAAGGACUCAACCCCUGGGUUGGGAACGCGCUGGCGGCAACUGUUCCUUCCCGGGUGACAGCGGUCGAGAUAGGAAGAAUCUGAAUGAGUUCCGCCAUGGACUGUGAGCUGUGUACUGCCGGCUACUUUGACACGAUUCAAAAGUUCCACAGGAACUCUGCGACGGCACUAGAAGAAUUUAGAAGGCACGGGGUUUUACCCCGCGUUCUUAUCUGCCCGACCUGUGGCCAGGACUGUUUAUUUAAGCCAUCAAGCAACACGUUUUUCUGUGAGAAAACAGUGCGUGACAUUCGUGGUCGCAAACGAAAGUGCUCUUUCAGUGUGUCUGAGAGGAAAGGCACAUUCCUUGACAAAACACGGCUGCAACCCUGUGACUUGCUGCUCUUUGUAGCCCUCUUUCUGCAGAAAGCAAGAACACAGCGAGACGCUCAAAGUUUUUUGAAACUGAACAGUGAAACUUGUGUGAACUGGAAUAGUUUCUGUUACGAAGUGUGCGAAUAUUGGCUGGGGGAGCAGGCACACAUCGGAGGCCCAGGGAGAAUUGCGGAGCUGGAUGAGUCCAAAUUCGGGAAAAGCAAGUACAACCGAGGUUGUGACAUCCAGGAAAAGUGGGUGUUUGGUUUGUAUGAGCGCGACUCUAAGAAGCUCCUGCUUUUCGCUGUGGAUGAAAGAGACAGUGCUACCCUCGUUCCAAUUAUCCAGCGCCUUGUUCUUCCUGGCACAACCAUCUACUCUGAUGAGUGGCUGGCGUACAGGGGGUUGAGUGAUCUGGGUUACGUGCACAGAACUGUCGACCGCAGCAAGCAGUCUGUUGCUGAGGGUGGUGUGCACAUCCAAAACAUUGAACGCUCCUGGCGCGGCGCCAAAUUGUGGGUUCUACGCUCUGGAAACAAAGUGGACAUGUACAAUAAGUACCUGGCUCGGUACCUGUUUUGCAGAGCAUGCCCACAAGAUGAACGCAUGCACCACUUCCUAAAGUGUGCCUCCCGGCUGUAUACGCACCCAAACGCUGCGUAAGGUGGAGCAGGAUGCUGGUGAGGGGGUGCCAGGUAGCCAGGGGAUGGAGGGGCGUGAGGUGGCAGAGUGCCGCGUCAGUGCCCCAGUUUGACGUGGUGGUGGUGGGUGGCGGCCAUGCUGGCACGGAGGCAGCGGCUGCGGCGGCCAGGAUGGGGGCCAAGACACUCCUGGUCACACACAAGAAGUCCACCAUUGGUGAGAUGUCUUGCAACCCUUCCUUCGGGGGCAUCGGCAAGGGUCACCUGAUGCGGGAGGUGGACGCGCUGGACGGCCUCUGUGCUCGUGUGUGUGACCUCUCUGGCGUACACUACAAGGUACUCAACCGCAGGAAGGGCCCGGCGGUAUGGGGUCUGCGUGCCCAGAUCGACCGCAGCCUUUACAAGGAGCACCUCCAGAGAGAACUGUUCAGCACCCCAAACCUCACCAUCACCGAGGGGGCCGUGGAGGACCUGUGGGUGGUGGAGGGCGGUGGCGGUGGUGAUGGUGGUGGUAGCAGACAGCUAGCUGCAGAGUGCCGAGGGGUGGUGCUGGGGGACGGACGCACCAUCGGCAGCGGCAGUGUUGUCAUCACCACCGGCACCUUCCUGCGCGGCACCAUCAACAUAGGCCUGGAGGCACGACCGGCUGGCAGGAUGGGCGACGCUCCGGCUGUGGGCUUGGCGAGGACGCUGGAGAGGCUGGAGUUUAGGCUGGGACGACUCAAGACUGGCACCCCCCCCAGGAUAGCCAGCAACACCGUGGACUACUCCCAGUGCAUCGUGCAGCGUCCUGAUGACCCCCCGACGCCCUUCUCCUUCAUGAGCGACAGAGUGUGGGUCAAGCCCGAGGACCAGCUGCCAUGCCACCUCACCUACACCGGGCCUGAGGUGGAGCAGCUGGUGAGGGAGACGCUGCACCUGAACAGACACGUGGCGGAGGAGACCACCGGCCCGCGCUACUGCCCCUCCAUAGAGUCCAAGGUGCUCAGGUUCCCCGGGCGGCAGCACCAGGUGUGGCUUGAGCCCGAGGGGUGGGAGGGGGGCGAGGGGGCGCGUGUGUACCCCCAGGGAGUGUCCUGCACCAUGCCCGCCCCCCAGCAGCAGGCCCUCCUCCGCCUCAUACCCGGCCUGCAGCACUGCGAGAUGGUGUGUCCCGGCUACGGGGUGGAGUACGACCACAUAGACCCCCGAGAGCUGACGCCCCGCCUGGAGACGGGGCGUGUGUCGGGGCUGUUCCUGGCAGGGCAAGUUAACGGCACCACGGGGUAUGAGGAGGCGGCGGCCCAGGGUAUCAUCGCGGGGGUCAACGCUGCGGCCAAGGCGGAGGGGGGGCGCGGUCUCGUCGUGGACCGCACCGAGGGCUACAUUGGCGUGCUGAUCGAUGACCUCACUACCCUGGGAACCUCCGAGCCCUACCGCAUGUUCACCUCCCGCGCCGAGUUCAGGUUCCUGCUGCGCCCCGAUAAUGCUGACCUGCGCCUCACUGAGAAAGGCUAUCGGGCGGGCUGUGUGUCAGAGGAGAGGUGGAGGGUGACCCAGCACACACGCCAGCAGCUGUCCGAGUGUGUGGAGAAGCUGCGGGGGGAUGUGCGGAGCUUCAAGGCCUGGGCGAAGCUGACUGGACACCCCCUGCCCAAGCCUGUCACUUAUAAGAGCGGUCUACAGUUCCUGGGCAUACACUCGUGGAACAUCACACUGAGGGAGAUCGCGGAUGCCGACCCCACGUACUCGCGGUUCUGCGGCGACCCUAGGCUGGAGGAGCGGGUCAGGAUUGAGGCGCUGUACGACGAGUUCAUCGCGGUGCAGCGGCAGGAGGUGGAGGCCGCACGGAGGGACCACGCCCUUGCUAUACCUGAGGAUGUGGAUUAUGAGGACCCUUCCCUGAAUCUGUCCAAUGAGGUGAAGGGGAAGCUGCAGCGCGCACGACCAGCCACGGUUGCAGCCGCCUCGCGCAUUGAGGGCAUCACUCCGGCAGCAAUCCUCAACCUCCUCCGCUUUGUCAGACGCAGGGACAACAAAUACUCAGACCAGGUUUAGUGGGAUAGAGGAACGGAAGAAAGAAGAGGAGAGAAACAUACCUGGUUGUGCCCUGAAAACAACUUAGAUGUCUCGUAAAGGUGACCUGGUGUAGUGGGAUAGAGGAACGGAAGGAAGAGAGGAGAGAAACAUACUUGAUUGUGCCUUGAAAACAACUUAGAUAUCUCAUAAGGGUGACCUGGUGUAGUGGGAUAGAGGAACAGAAGGAAGAAGAGGAGAGAAACAUACUUGGUUGUGCCUUGAAAACAACUUAGAUAUCUCAUAAAGGUCGAUUGUAAGGCUGUAAUGUACGUGACCUGGUGUUGUGGAAUGGAGAAAUAUCAUUAGACAUUUUAAUUAUCAUGACUCUCCUCUUCUUCAUUGCUAUCAUCAUCAUUAUCCCUGUCAUCAUUGUCUUUCUCCCUAUUACCACUAUCAUUACCAUCAUUUUCCUUCUCAUUAUUAUCCUUAUUAUCAUCAUGGUCAUCAUUUUCAUCAUCUUUGUUAUUUUCACUGUUCUCCUCCCCCUCUUCCUCAUUAUUAUUAUUCUCAUUAUCAUCAUCAUUAUCAUCAUUGAGGCAUAGUAAUAAUUGCAUGUGUCAUCCUUGGUGAGUUGUGUAUGUAUUUAUAUGUACUAUAGUGGACCCAAAUAUAUAAACACAAUCAAUCAAAUCCAACUUCCCAA